AUGGAAUCUUUGUCAAGAUUUCUUACUUAUGCUGAAACUCAAAAUCUUAUUCAUGGAAUCAAGCUAAGUACUGAUGCCCCUGCUAUCAAUCAUCUCCUUUGUGCUGAUGACUGCAUGGUAUUCUGUAAAGCCAAUUUGGAGGAAUGCAACAAUCUUAUCAAAUUCUUCCAAGAAUUCAGUCAAUCUUCUGGGAAAAUGAUAAACUUUGCUAAAUCUGGUAUCUUCUUUAGUAAAAACGCAGGUCCAUAUAUUGCUGACAGAAUAAGCACCACCAUGAAGAUCCAAAAAUUUGACAUCAAGGAUAACUAUUUGGGUUACCCUCUCUUCACCAGCAAAAGCAAAGUGCAAGCCUUCAAACCUUUCAUUGAUAAACUAAAAUACAGAAUAGCUGGAUGGAAAGCCACUCUGUCAACUGCUGGAAAAGGUACUAUGAUACAGUUUGUUACUUCUACCUCUAGCAUCUACCAAAUAAAUUGCUUCAAGUUCCCAAAGGCCACCUGUAAGGAGAUUAAUGCUAUUCAAAGGGAUUUCUUCUGGAACAAAGGUCAAGAUAAACUUAAAGAACCACAUUCUCUAUGGAGAUGCCUUAUGAAGGCCUUACAUUUCCCUAAUGAAGAGGUUAUCAGAAUGGAUACCAAACCAAAACUCUCUGAUUCUUGGAUUUGGAAAGGAAUUCUUGAAGGCAUUAUUAAUAUCCAAAAGUAUUAUAUAUGGAAAAUUGGGAAAGAUGAUAAGAUUCACAAUUGGGAAGACAGACUGUUUGAGGGACAACCUGAAAUCAUCCCAAAACCACCUAACUUCCCAACUAACAUGUUGUAUGUCAGCAAUCUUUUUAAUUCAACUGGUGACUGGGAUACUGAUAUUCUGGCUCUUUGGGAAAACUUCUCUGUUAAAUCUAUUUAUGACAAGCAGACUACUGAUAAAUAUGCUAAUGAUGUUCUCACCUCUCCUUGUGCAAAAAUUUGGGAUCUUGAUACUUCUCCAGCCAUUCAUUUAUUUAUUUGGAAAUGUUCUCAUGGAAUACUUCCAACUAAUGUUAAGAAUGCCAGCAUACUUACUUACAUUGAUCCAAUCUGCAACGUUGGCAAGAGUGCUAAAGAAGAUAUCACUCAUGUGCUCCUCACCUGUCCUGCUGCCUCUGAUGUUUGGGAAAGACUAUUUGGGAAUUCUCAUCAGCUUUUCAGUAAUGUUUGCUCCUUCCAUGAUUGGUUCAACGGCUGGUUUAUUGAUCACAACGAAAAUGCCAGCGAGAAUGCUACCUAUGCAACUACUUGUUGGUUUAUUUGGAAAGCCAGAUGCGAUCUUGUGCUCAGAAAUAUAUUCCCUGCUGCUGACGGCCAAUGCGUGGGAGCCAGAAACUAUAUACACACAACUAUUGGAUUCAGCAGAGCUACUAGAAUAGCCAGAGGACCUCAUCUAGCAAUCGAAUGGGGCAUGGAGAUGCAAAAAUCCAACAUAGACUUUGCUGCUGAGGAUGAUGCAAUUCUACAAUCCAUUCAGGAAGCUUACCAGGUGGAAGUUCAAGAAAGAUUCAAAACAGUUCUACUCAUACUCAAGAAAGACAUUUUGAAGCUAUUGAUUUUGUGCUAG